GCUGGCAUCCUUCUCGUGCAUGACCGUCGUCCCCAAGAGAAGGAAAACCUUGUAGAAACGCUACAUGGCCACAACCACACGAGUUCUGUGGCCUCUGGCCACAGUGGCUCAGUGGGUAGUGGACUCACCGGGCGACCUGGCGCAGGACUUAAUGCUAUUGCAAUGGCUGCCGCCGACGCAGCGGGAACAGUAGUUACUAGUGCCCAUUCACGACAGACGUCGAGUAAGAAGCGGUCUAAAGGAAAAAAGCUGCGUGGCCGACUGACGCGUGCUGCUGGUGGUCGCCAAGUGUCGGCUUCAGCAGCCUCGCCUAGCCCGCCUGAGCCGUUUCUUUACGUUGAAGCAGAUGACGAUGAAUUCGACGUAGAGGAUGCCAGCCAGCCAGAAGCAGCGAUACCAGCUUCUGGGUCCACAUCUGUUCCCGGUGGCCAAUCAUCUGACUCAAAGUCAGUAGAUGUUAAGAGUACGGCCAAGGAGGAGUUGAAACAAAGCGAUGAAGCAAAUCACGAGCCCAUGGAGACCGACCCGAUUCCAUCCUUAACUGUGCCUACUGAGCCAUUGAAAAAAGAUGAGGCGAAAUCACCAGAGACUCCUGAUAAACCUAGAGAUAACGCAUCUUGUGACAGCGACAAGCCGCAUGAUGACAAGCAUUGA